UUCUUCUCUUCUUUUCUUCUCUCCUUUCCCUGCAAUUUCUUGGUUUUCGUCCACCCUCUCUUUCUCUCUCUCUCUCAUUAAAGGUUUUUUAUUCGUCUUCUGCAGUCAGAAAUCUUGUUCGUAAUUUUCUAGAUUCGCGAAACUCUUUCACCUCUCGUUUCCAAAAGAAACAAGCAAGGAUUCUUGAGAAACUGAAGGCUUCCUUGUACAAAUGUUCAGUCACCUGACAUAAAUGCACUGUAGUUCUGGAAAUGAGAAGGAAGCCUACAUUUGAUGGACUGCACGCGUAUCAGCAGUGACAAGAAAACAUUGAAGAGAGUUUUUCAUAGAUAAAAGAGUUUGAUACAUAUUCCAUUGAGUACAAAAAUCUGACAAUCUCAUUUUCAACCAGCUUUCAAUAACACACAUUUGUUUUAGCACAAAAGCAUAGAACUUGAUCUGGAUCCAAUGGACUUGAAGCCUGCCCCUCUUCUCGCUGAUCCUGUUCCCACAAACAAGUCGAGAUUGGGCCUGCAUUCUAGUUUGUUGUCUUGCCCACCACCAGCGUCGUCAUUUCCUUCGGCAUUGUAUUUGACGAUGCCCUGGAGAAAGCCGAUUCCUGGAAAACUUGAUGACGUCCGUGCCAACAGUUGGCUGGAUGCUAUGAAAUCCUCAUCACCUCGCAAAAUGCUAAUCAAGGAUUCAAAUAUUGAAGCCGUGUCAGAUGAAAAUGAUGCUGCGUAUCACUUGUGGGUGUUGAAAUAUCCAUCUGCUCUAACUUCUUUUGAGCAAAUCAUGAAAUGUGCGGAAGGCAAGCGGAUUGCAUUAUUUAUGGAUUAUGAUGGAACACUUUCACCAAUCGUAGAUGACCCUGACGCUGCUAUUAUGUCUAGUGAGAUGCGUGAAGCCGUGCGGGAUGUUGCAAACUAUUUCCCAACAGCAAUAAUUAGUGGAAGAUGCCGUGAUAAGGUCUAUGAAUUCAUAGGAUUACCCCAACUCUAUUAUGCCGGCAGUCAUGGAAUGGACAUAAUGGGCUCAGUCACACGCCCUGUGUCUGUUAGUGACCAUCCAAACUCUAUUAGAUCUACUGACAACAUGGGUAAGGAGGUUAAUCUAUUCCAACCUGCUAGUGAAUUUAUACCCAUGAUCAAUGAGGUUUUUUGUUCCCUCAUUGAGAAGACUAAAGGAAUAGAAGGCGCAAAGGUUGAGAACAAUAAGUUUUGCGUCUCUGUACAUUACCGACUUGUAGAUGAGAAUAACUGGACUACUGUCGCACAAUGUGUCCAUGACAUCCUAAGAGACUACCCACGCCUGCGACUAACACAUGGGCGGAAGGUUUUAGAGGUCCGUCCGAUGAUCAAUUGGGAUAAGGGGAAAGCUGUUGAGUUUUUACUUGAAUCACUUGGGCUAAGUAACUGUGAUGACGUGCUUCCUAUCUAUGUUGGAGAUGACCGUUCCGAUGAAGAUGCAUUUAAGGUAUUACGGGAGGGGAAUCAAGGUUAUGGCAUUCUAGUAUCAUCAGUGCCAAAAGAAUCCAAUGCAUUCUACUCUUUAAGAGAUCCAUCUGAGGUCAUGGAUUUUCUCAAGUCAAUCGUGAAAUGGAAGAAAUCUGCUGGGCUAUGAGGAUGAGUGUCUGGAAUAUGCAUGUGCACAUAUGUUGUUAAGUGCUAACAAAUAAAUUAGGGUCGGGAGCCUUAUUUUUUAGUGUUCUUUUGAGAUUUUUCUCUGUUUAAAAGUAUCAGUAGUCUAAUUUUUCCCCCCCUGUAAGCCUCUUUUUUCCAGCCGAUCGCUAAUUUAUAUCCAUGUCCAAUAUGUGACACUAAUCGAUUUUUUUAAUUCUUCCAACGAUGACUUGAGUUUAGUAUUUGAAUCUAUGGAACUGUACACUGGUGCAGAGAAUUAUAAGA